AUGAAAUACCAAGCUAGAGAGUCGUUGAUGCACGAUAUCGACUCAAAACGCGGAAGUAAAAAGAUUAAUCUCAGUUUGACUGCAAAAACCUUUGGAGUUAAUCGUUCAACGCUCUCGAGAAGAUUCCGCAAUGUUACAGGCUCAAAACAAGCACAAUAUGAUAAUCAACGAUUACUCAAUGACCAGCAAUCUAAAAAGCUUCUCGAAUGGAUAGAUAUGCUUACAGGACGCGGGCUUCCGCCUACACCGUCAAUGCUGGCCAACUUUGCUUAUAGAUAA